AGUUAUAUAGAUUGGUUUUUAGCGCCAAAUUUCGACAACAAAUAACCAUUGAAAAUGACAGAGAAAUCGACAUACGAUGCGGCUUCUCUUCCAGAUCUACUUCCCAUUUACUACAAAAAAUUGUUUCCAUAUGGGCUUUACUAUCGUUGGUUAAACUACGGAGGAGUUCCCAAAUCUUACUUCACCAACAGAGAGUUUUCUUUCACCCUGAAAGAUGAUGUGUACAUUAGAUACCAGUCCUUUUCUGAUCAGCAAGAAAUGGAGAAGGAAAUACAGAAGAGAUGUCCAUACAAAAUAGACAUUGGUGCAGUGUUUUCUCACAAACCUAAAGAUCACAAGACAGUGAAAGCUGCUGCCUUCCAGGCUCAAGAGAAGGAGCUGGUGUUUGAUAUUGACAUGACGGAUUACGAUGAUGUGCGGACAUGUUGUUCGGGAGCAGAUAUUUGUGAGAAAUGUUGGCCUCUGAUGCAGAUUGCAGUUAAAAUUUUGGACCGUGCUUUAGAAGAGGACUUUGGAUUUGAGCACAGACUAUGGGUGUACUCGGGGAGACGUGGUGUCCAUUGCUGGGUAUGUGAUGAAACAGCAAGAAAGCUAUCCCAAAAUGGACGCACAGCGGUGGCAGAAUAUCUCAGUCUGGUCAAGGGUGGUGAAAAUCAGAACAAGAAGAUCAGUCUGGACACGUCAACUUUACAUCCCUUCAUCAGCCAUUCCUUAGAGAUAGUCAAGGCAAGAUUUGAUGAGUAUGCUGUGAAAAAGCAGGAUUUCUUAGGUGAUGAGGAAAAACAGAAAAAAGUCCUGUCACUAAUUACAGAUGAAAAGUUGAGAUCUUUAUUAGAAGCAAACUUUCAGAAAGAAUUUCAUGCAGAUGUCUCUAAAACAGCAUGGGAUGUAAUGAAACAAUUUUUAGAGGACAAUAAGAAUAAAUCCAAAGGCGGCAAAUACGUAUUGGAAGAGAUCAUGUUACAGUACUGCUACCCUCGACUAGAUGUGAAUGUCAGCAAGGGAGUUAACCAUCUCCUGAAAAGUCCAUUCUGUGUUCAUCCCAAAACAGGUAGAGUAUGUGUUCCCAUAGAUCCCAAGAAAAUUGAUGAAUUUGACCCAAUGGCUGUCCCCACGAUAAGUGAGAUUUUAGAGGAACUUAAUUCUGUGGAGAAAGAAGAUUCUAACAAGAAAACUAAAGAAUUCAACAAAACAUCCUUAAAAGAAUGCACUCAGGUCUUUGAGCGAUUUGUGAAAAAACUUGAAGAAACGUGGAAAGGAAAGGGGAAGAUGAUAGAACAGAGUGAUAUGACGAUGGAGUUUUAGAAACAAAAGAUGAAGACUUAUUUGUUUAUUUAUUUUUAUUUGAAUGGAGGACAGGUGCCAAUAAAAUCAUGAUAAUCUGUUGAA